CGUCUAGGCAACGGGGCUCUUCCGAAAGUCUCAAUCGAGGAGUUUAGGGCGGGGAGAGGAGCCAUGGGGGGAGGGGAGGGGCCGAGACAGCACAGGGAGAGACCCCCCCCCCCCAGGACCCCGGCAAGUGGAAGCCUGCCCCGCCCUGCUUUGGGUGGUCCUUCGCAAUGGGGGCGCGGACUUAAAGAACGGAUUCCAGGACACAGGCGGGAAGGAGUCGGGGUGGCCCGCCCUCUGCGGGGGCCCGGCGUGGGGAACGGCUCCCCUCUCGAGCCGCUUUGUCUCCAAGCCGCUCAACACUGGGCUCCGGCCGGCAACACAAAGGUGGGCGGUGAGGACUGCGCAAGCGCGCGAGCCGCCGAGGCUGCUGGGAGUGGUGGUCCGACCGCCGAAUGCCUGUUUUACCGCUUCAGAGCCGGCGUAUCUUCCGUCGAGUUAAUACACGCUCAGUGCGUACUUGGCUCCUUCGGAGAAAAUCAGUCCCACCCGCACCCUACCCGGCUCACGUGGAAGCCAGUGCCGAGUGAGCUGCAGAGCCUUAACAUCCGUCAUGAGAUCCUGCAGGAGCUGGAUGACUAUUACGAGAAGUUCCAGCGGGAGACGGACGGCGCCCAGAGGAGAAGGGUGCUGCCCUGCAUUCAGAGGGCGCUGAUUCGGAGCCAGGAGCUGGGCGACGAGAAGAUCCAGAUCGUGAGCCAGAUGGUGGAGCUGGUGGAGAACCGGGCCAGGCAGGUGGACAGUCACGUGGAACUCUUUGAGGCACAUCAAGAGGUCAGUGACACCACUGGCCACAGCAAAGCUGGCCAGGAUAAGUCAAAAACUGAGACAGUCGCGCAGGCAGAAAAGCCUAACAGCAAGCGGUCCCGGCGACAGCGCAACAACGAGAACCGGGAAAACGCAGCUAAUAAUCACGACCAUGAUGACGUCACCUCCGGAACGCCUAAGGAGAAGAAGGCGAAGGCCUCCAAGAAGAAGAAACGCUCCAAGGCCAAAGCCGAGAGGGAGGCAUCCCCUGCGGACCUUCCCAUUGACCCGAACGAGCCCACGUACUGUCUGUGCAAUCAGGUCUCCUAUGGAGAGAUGAUCGGCUGUGACAAUGACGAGUGCCCCAUCGAGUGGUUCCACUUCUCCUGCGUGGGGCUGAACCAUAAACCCAAGGGCAAGUGGUACUGCCCCAAAUGUCGAGGGGAGAACGAGAAGACCAUGGACAAGGCCCUGGAGAAGUCCAAAAAGGAGCGGGCCUACAACAGGUAGUGGCGGGCCUGGCUGGCCCGAGGCGAGCAGGACGAGCCGAGUAUUUAUUGCAUCGCCACCUGGACGGGCGCGGGGACUGCGCGUGUAGCCUUCUAAAGACUGUUGGAAGAGGAGCUCUUCCUCUCGUAGGGACGACCGGGGUUCUCUUUGCUUUUCCCUUGGUGCACAUGUGUAACGAGAGAGUGGUCUGUGGAUAAGCAUUUUAGAAACUGCAAAUAUAGGUUUGAAUUAAACACUCGA